AUGCAAUCUCCCGACGACGUUCGCCAUCUCCCCAUCGACAUCACUUUCUCUCGUCUCGGAGAAUGGUUGGUGGAUCGCAAGCGAGUACCCCCGGAUUGGCGAAAGCGCGUGGCGGCGAUCAGGGCCCGAAUUUCCAAGGAAUUUUCCUCCCUCCCUAAGGACUCUUACCCUCCUUUCCAAACCCUAGACUCCGAAGGGAUUGGAUAUUUGGAGGCCAAACAGAUAUAUGAUAUUCUUUUAAAGUCUACUUCGGAAAGCAGGAACAUAUUUGGUCGCUUAUCAGGUGCUGCGGGUGCUUGGGAAGCAAUCGUGCGGUCCUUUGAGAAGGAUCAUGUUUUCCUUGGUGAGGCUGCGCAGAUUCUCAUUCAAAAUGUGAGCUAUGAAAUCCCUUAUCAGAGAAAACAGGUUCAGAAGAUUCAGCAGCAGCUGUUAGAGCUAGAUCGCAAGGAAGCUGAUAUAAAAAGAAGUGCUGCGCUCUCUGUGGCCAAAUAUGUUGAAGCUUGCCAGGAGCUUGGAUUACAGGGGAAAAAUGUCAGGGUAGAACUUCUGGAGACAGCACAAUUACUUCCAAGCACAUUUCACAAGAUUCUGGAUGUUGUAAACAAUGACAACAUGUCACGGGCAAUUGAGUAUUAUUCCAAUUUUGUUAGGGAUGCUCACACUGAAAAGGAUAGAUCUUUGGCAGGUGUGUUACAAAACUUGAAGAAUUUGCGUGAAAACCCCCCAUCUUUAAAUGUUGCUAUUGACUCUGAGAUUAUUAGUGAUGUUAAUAUUCAUGCAAGCAAAAAUGAAUUGAAUCCUGGAACAAGCAAUGCUGGAAUUGCUGUGCCUGACAUUGACUGGGAUAUUUCUGUGGAGAGUUCACAAAUUGAUUGGGAUAUUGGAACUGUAGAAGAAACAGAGGAUAAUGGUAAUGGAUUGGGUCCUUAUGAAAUCAUUAAUGCCUCUGAUAUCGGAUCUGAUCCAACUAUAUCAAACCAAGAAGUAGGCUCACAUGCAGAUAUAUCUUGGGAUAUUAGUGUGGAUACUCCUCAGGUUGAUGUGAUUGAUGAUGAUAGUGCUCCAACUGUAGUGUUGGAGACUCAGACUUCCCUUCCAGAUGCCCUGUCUCAAUUGACAGAAAACAAGGAAGAAAGGAGCCAACUUUUAGAUACGGAGUACAGAAAUAAGAUUCUAGAUGAUCUUUAUGAGAUGAAAUCCUUUUUAAAUCAACGAUUGGCUGAACUGAGGAAUGAGGAAACUUUGUCCCUGCAAAAUCAAGUCCAGGCAGUUGCUCCCUUUGUACUACAGCAGUAUGCCGCUGAUGCUAUAGAAACAAUGCAAAGUGAUAUUUCUUUGGCAAUUUCAUUGCUGACAAAUAGGAAGACAAGGGAUCUGAUUAUGAUUCUCAACUCCAAACGAUUUCUAGACAGACUAGUCAAUUCGUUAGAGGAAAAGAAACAUCAUGAAGUCAAGUUGAAAGAGGGGUUGAAGGACUUGGCUGCUAAACGUAUGGAGCUGCAAAAUUCUCUAUCUUCAUCAUGGUCCAAGCAAGAUGCGGCUGUGGCAAAAACAAAGGAAUUGAAAAAACUAUGUGAGAGUACCCUUUCAUCGAUGUUUGAUGGAAGACCAGUUAAUAUAAUUGGAGAGAUCAACGCUAUUUUGACUAGUGGCCUUGGAGCAUGA